CAAACGUCAGAGAGAGAGAGAGAGAGAGAGAGAGAGAGAGAGAGAUGUUUGGGCAGUUGUCGCACGAGGCAGAAGUGAAGGUGGGAGCAAGCAAAGCAUGGGACCUGUAUGGCACCAUCAAGCUGGCCCUGAUGGUCAAGGAGCAUCUCCGUGAUACUUUCCUCCAGGUCGACAUUUUGGAAGGUGAUGGCGGUGUCGGCACAGUCAUCAAGCUCGUACUUGCUGGAGGUUUCUCCUAUAAAGAGAAGUUCACAAAGGUUGAUCAAGAGCACCAUGUCAAAGAAACCGAGAUGAUCGAAGGAGGGCUCCGGGAUAUGGGAUUCUCAUUGUAUCGAGUGCGUUUAGAAGUGAUAGGUAAGGAAGAGGAGGAGUUGUGCAUCAUCAAGUCCACCAUCGAGUAUGAAGUCCCCGAUGAUGGUUCCGUUGAUGUCUCCAUCAUCUCGGUCAAGCCGUUUGCAGACAUCGCAGAAGUUGCCAAGAAGCUACUCACCACCUCGGCUGGCGCCAACUGAGUACCCGCAACCAAAGUUACCAGCGUAUUUUUCCUCUGUAAGAGUUGUUCCAAGUGUUUUUCAUCUGAGAGUGAAGCUUUAUUAAUUACCAAGUGCGGACAUUGGCUUUUACACCAUUCGGCUCAGGAUGGUCUGAGAGUAUACAUGUAUCAUUUAGCUUUAAUAAUACUC